AUGGAUGCUCCUUCUUGGGUGGCAUACGGCAUUGCUUGCCUUGCCGCCGCCUUCCUCCUCCUCCUCCUCCUCUCCAGUCACCUCCGCCGCCGCCAACUUAAGCUACCGCCUGGCCCAAAACCUUGGCCAAUCAUCGGAAACCUCAAUCUCAUUGGCCCACUCCCUCACCGCUCAAUCCACGAUCUCUCUCGAACAUACGGGCCCCUCAUGAAACUCCAGUUUGGGUACUACGAUGUGGUUGUGGGUUGUUCCGCAGACAUGGCCAAAGCCCUUCUCCAGACCCACGACACCGUUUUCGCUUAUCGCCCCAACCUUGCUGCAGGCAAGUACACGGCCUACAAUUACUCCGACGUGUUGUGGUCGCCCUACGGCCCCUAUCUUCGACAAGCCCGUAAAAUCUUCCUCACCCAUCUGUUUAGUGCUGCAAGGCUUCAAUCAUUUGAGUAUAUAAGAGUGGAGGAGACGAGGGUUCUCACGAGAAAUAUGUUCGAGGGGAAGGGCCAACCGGUAAAUUUGAAAGACCAUCUUUCAGAUCUUACUCUCAACGUGAUCAGUCGCAUGGUCUUGGGGAAGAAGUACACAGACAAGUUCGAGAGCUCCGAUAUUGUGUUGCCUGAGGAGUUCAAGAAGAUGAUCGCCGAGUGGUUCAUGCUCAAUGGGGUUGUAAAUAUAGGCGAUUUUGCACCUUGGCUGAAUUUUCUCGACUUGCAGGGUUAUAUCAAGAGAAUGAAGGCCCUGAGCAAAAAGUUUGAUAGGUUCUUGGAGCAUGUGGUGGAUGAACAUGAGGCAAGGAGAGUCGGACUCAAGGGUCAUGAGGCCAAGGACAUGGUGGAUGUACUAUUGCAACAUGUGGACGAUCCUAAUGUUGAGGUGAAGAUUGAGAGACAUGGGGUCAAGGCCUUGAUCUAGGACUUGAUAGUCGGUGGAACGGGGACCUCGGCAAUGUCCGUGGAGUGGGCAAUCUCUGAGCUCCUAAAAAACCCUUGGGUAUAUGACAAGGCAACACGAGAGCUCAACAGCAUAAUCGGAAGGGAGAGAUGGGUCCAAGAAGCGGACCUCUCAAACCUACCUUAUAUAAAUGCCAUUGUCAAAGAAACAAUGAGAUUGCACCCGCCGGGAGCAUUCCUUGCUCCUCGCUAUGCGAGCCAAGACUGCAAGGUUGCUGGGUACGACGUACCUAGGGGCACGAGAGUCAUAGUAAGUGCAUGGAGUAUUAUGAGAGACCCCAAAUAUUGGGACGAACCCGAAAAGUUCAGGCCCGAGAGGUUCGUUGGGAAGGCAAUCGAUGUGAAGGGACAAAACUUCGAGCUCCUGCCAUUUGGGUCCGGUAGGAGAAUGUGUCCGGGUUAUAAUUUCGGGCUCAAAGUGAUUCCUACAAGUCUAGCCAAUCUCAUACAUGGGUUCACAUGGAGACUGCCCGGGGAUCUGAUGAGGGAGGACCUGAACAUGGAAGAGGUUGCUGGGCUAUCUGCUCCAAGGAAGAUCCCACUGGUCGCUGUUGCUGAGCCAAGGCUGCCACUUCAUCUUUAUUGA